UGACCGAAGCCAUCAUCUGAGCAAAAAUACUUCAUGCAGAAUAAUGGAAGAACAGGCAAAUUCUAUUUCCGAUACACAAAGCAGGUUUAAAGGCAAGGGAUUUGCAUGAUAGAUGGUUAGACUUUUGAAGAGGAAAAUAGUAAAACGCAGUGAUAUAUGGUUGGGAUUUUGAAGGAUUUAGAGAUAGUUACUAGUUAGUAUAAUCUGAACCGGGUUUUUGAACUCUUAAUUUUGUUAACACAUAACUUGACAUUCGGCUGAACCGGUCAUGAACAGAACAGAGAACAGUUCAAGUUGAACAGCGCUACGAAGAAGUGUGUUGAGUGGUGAGUAUGGAGCAAUCGCUGUGGGGUCAUUUGUCGCUUCUUCUGAGGGCCAACACAAAGGAAUCCGUUGAAUACAUUCUUGAAUCACUCUGGCGAACGCGAAAGUGCGGUCUCGACUCUUCAGAACGACGUGUCAUCCAAGACAUCCUCCAGCUUCAAAACGACACCGACCUCGACCCCCUUCUGGUGUGUCUUCGAAUGUUGAUUCGGAGGUGCGUGUAUGAGAACACGAGCAAGGACGAAAUCACCAAGCUCUUUCCGAAUGAAGUGUUGCCGGAACUGCAGAAGCUGUUGACGAUUCUGUUGCACAAGUUUCAGCCAUUGUGGCAACAAGAUGUGCUCAAAGAUAAGAAUGUUGUGCCUAGGUUAAAGGCAAUGACAUGGAAUAUGGCAAAUGUUGAUGAAGAUUCAACAGACCCUGCAGCUGUUAUUAAUUUGAAGCUUCAAAAUGAUUCUCAACUUCACUCUGGAGAGCUUGAUGUUAAGUUCCGGUUGGCUACGGACACUCUAGAGAUGAUGCUGAAAUCAAUGCACAGUAUUAGAGACCAAUUUUCAACCUCAGAGGAGGUACCAAAUGGCCAUUAGUAACAGUAAACCAGUGGAGUUUCACACGAGAUGUGUCAUAAAGAAUGCGAGGGAUGCAACUAUAUUGUGUUGUGUUUCUACCCAAGUUGUUAAAAGUUUUUAUUAGAUGUAAUCUUCUAUGAGAAACAGUUCAUAACAUGUUUAAUAGCGCUUCAAUGGCCAAGUGAUUAAGAGAAAUGGAAAUAAAAUUGCCAGGUCGACUCUAGACUCCCCAGACCAUUACAUGUAAAACUGUAAACAUCUGUUAGAUUUUGAGUAUAUAUAUAUGGCUGAUCCUUAAACACUCUGUACUAAGUAAAGAGUGCUGUAUUUACCAACUAAACCAAUCUUAGCUCUUCGUUUAAAUGUUUAUAUAGUCAUGCUUUUUAGAUGAGAACAUUCUAAUCUGAUACAACUUGCGUUAAUAUAACGUCAUAGUUUAAUGGAUAGAGUGGUUUCCUUCCCUUGAUGGAAGCUAUUCUAUUGCGUAAUUCAUGGAUGUGACAACCCCAUUAAUGGGAAUAUAGAAGUUUCAACUUUCAACAAAUAAAUAUGCAUACUUAAUUAC